AUGUCAACUGAAAUAGAAAAGAAAUUCUGUUCAAAACAUAACUUAGAAAUUUAAACAAUAGAUCUAAAAUAAUCAACUGCUGAAGAGAAUAAAUAUCUUUGCAUCAAAUGCCUAAUUGAGAAGAUAGAUAUUUAAAAUAUUGCUUUAGUUGAAGAGACAUAAAUAAUGAUAAAAUAAAUGAAGAGUGAAUAGUUGAAUCAUAAAAUCAAAGAGAAUCAAAAGAGAAUAGAGAAUUUUACAUAAAUUCAAUCAUAAUUAAAAGAAUUGAAAUUAUCAAUCAAUAACAUAAUUGAUAAAGUCUAAAGUAACAUAGAUUAAAAAUUGAAUUUAAUUGAGAAGGAAUUAGAAGAAUCAGAAUAAAAAACUCUAAUUUCUUCUUUUGAAGAUGAUGUAAAAAUCUUAUCAAAGAAUUACAAAGGAUAAUUUAGUUUUGAAGUUCCUAAGGAAUCGUAGAAGUAUAUUAAUGACAAUUCCUAUAUUGAUUCAAUUUAAUAAUAGUUGGAAUCUAUAACUAAAAGUCCAAUGUUUAUAUAAAUUAAUGAAACAUUGCAAAUGUGUAAAUUUUAAGACUAAACUUAAGAAUUAAAGUAAGUUUAAUUACUUACCAAAAAAGAAGAUGACCCAUAAGUAUUAAUAUUUUAUAAAUUAAAUAGAAAACACCAAGUUUAAAGAUUCAAUGCAAUAAACAUGGAAAAGAAAUAAUAAUGUUGAAUUUGAAUCCAGAAUCUACAAAAUUUUCAAGAUUAGCUUGUGUAAAGUGUAUCAAAUCAAAUGAUCCUAUUAAAUAUACAACCUUUAGUGAUGCAAAUUUUAGAUGGAAUGAAUAUUUGGGAUAAACAAGUGAUUAAAUUAAUAAAUUUUUUGAAUUAAAGAUCUUUAAGAACCUAAUCAAUUAUUGAGAUUCUUGAAGAUAUUAAGAAAAAGUAUAAUACUACAAUUUCAGAAAUUAUUAAUAAGAUAAACACUCAAUCAUAAAUUUUCUAAUAUAAUUAAACGAAUGAAUAUAAUGAAAAUAUUAUUUAUGAGAUGAAGCCAGAGUAAGUUAAUGAAUUAACUGNUAUGCAAUCUAAUUGUAGAAAUGAGGAAAUGGUUAAAUAGUUAAAAAUAGAUAAAGUAUAACUUAAGAUUUUUUUUGAAGUAGGUGAGGUAAUUCUCAUAAUCACUGACUUUCUCAACAACCUAUAAGCAUAGUAAUUGUUCAGUAACUUAAAAUGGAAAAAUGGUUGAGAAUAGUUCUGGUCAUUACAAUUGUUGCAUGUGUGAUUAAAUGAUCCCUAAGAAUGGAGUCAUCUAAUUUGCUAUCAAAAUUAUUGAAAUAUGUGAUUUAUUGAUUGGAAUUGGUUUUAGGGAUAUUGUAUACAGUAAAACUUAUCAAAAUAGCUGCUAUGUUGGAGGAGGGUAUGUAUUAUGAUAUUAAUUAUUCAAAAUAGAACAUAUAAUAUAGAUAAUAUUGGACGAUGUUGGAAUCAUGAUUAAUAAGAUAAAUGUGGUAAAUCGAUAGCAUUUUCAUUCUCAAAGAAUGAUAUAAUAAUUGUCGAAGUAGAUAUACAAAAGCAGUAUGUAAAAUGGAUAAAUUCAUCAACAAAUCAAACAUUCGUAUGAAUUUAUAUCCUAUUAGUCUCUUACUAUUGAUACAUCCAAAGAUCUAUACCCAUGUGUACAUUUUAAUAGCAGAAACAAACUCGAAAUAUUAAAUUAAGUUUUCAAAUGA